AUGACGCUUCCCAUCUACGCAGCCGGCAUAGCUGUGCUGGCGUAUUUCCUGUACAAGCUGCUGUACGGCACCGACACGCCGCACAUCAAGGGCCUGCCUGAAGUGCCCGGGCUGCCUCUCUUCGGAAGCCUGUACGAACUCGGCACCUGCCACGCAAAGGUGGCGCAAGGAUGGGCGAAAAAAACGUGCACAGGAUGGGCGCAGAAACGCUGGGGUCUUUGGGUCCACUCGGUCGUGCAGAAAGGUGCCUCAUGA